CUAGCUACGGUAAAAAGAACGGCAUGUGGUAUGCAUCACCUGGCAAUCAAGGCUGGGGCUCAAAACCAGCCAGUCGUAAACCAUCAAUAAUGGAAGCGGAUUUGGGCACAUUAUCGACCACAUCGGGUUCGAUAAAACGCAGUGCCGGUCGUGUUAUACGUAUUAUCAAUAAUUUGGAUCACUCCGUUCAGUGUCGUGUCUUACUCAAUCUACGCACUUCACAGCCAUUCGAAGAAGUGCUGGAAGAUUUGGGUCAAGUGCUGAAAAUUAAUGGAGCUAAGAAAAUGUACACGGGCACAGGACAAGAGGUACGCAGUUUUUCACAGCUACGCAAUGAAUUUGCCGAUGUGGACACGUUCUAUUUGGCCACCGGUACAGCGCUGAUUGCCGGCUCACCCAUACGUCGUUCACGUUCACGACCUUCGGUAAUGGCUGCCGCUCCCAUACUUCCAACCGAAGAUCUUCCAAAGGUUCCUUUACGUGGUGCACGACCACGCAGUAAAAGUCGUCCACGUAUUUUAUAUGCACCGGAAAGUGAAAUUUUACGCACAAAUGGGGAAUACAGUAUGAUCGAUAUGAUGAAAGAAGAUCCAACGAAGGUCACUAUUAGGGGACUUCGACGCACAUUUUAUCCACCACUACAUCAUGCACCAGCCGAUAAUACACCACCAGAUAAGAAAUUGCAAUUACAAUGGGUCCAUGGCUAUCGCGGCAUUGAUGCCAGACGCAAUCUUUGGGUCUUGCCAUCCGGCGAACUUUUAUAUUAUGUUGCUGCAGUCGCCGUUUUACUAGAUCGCGAAGAAGAUGCUCAGCGUCAUUACACCGGACAUACAGAAGAUAUUAUGUGCAUGGACGUACAUCCUUCACGAGAACUUGUGGCAUCGGGACAAAAAGCUGGACGUGAUCGAAAAUCUCAGGCACAUGUACGCAUUUGGAGCACUGAGUCCUUGCAGACGUUAUAUGUUUUUGGUAUGGGUGAAUUGGAUACGGGUGUGACUGCGGUUGCCUUCUCACAAUUGAAUGGAGGUAGCUACAUUUUGGCGGUGGAUAGCGGGCGUGAAAGUAUACUCUCCGUGUGGCAGUGGCAAUGGGGGCAUUUGUUGGGUAAAGUUGCCACUUUACAAGAAGGUUUAUCUGGUGCCGCCUUCCAUCCUCUAGACGAUAAUUUAAUUAUAACACAUGGUCGCGGACAUUUGGCUUUUUGGCAUCGUCGCAAAGAUGGCUUUUUCGAGCGGACAGAUAUUGUGAAGCAACCGUCACGUUCACAUGUUACCAGUGUACAAUUUGAACCGGAUGGUGAUGUUAUAACCGCCGAUUCAGAUGGUUUUAUUACCAUCUAUUCGGUUGACUCCGAUGGUGCCUAUUUUGUACGCACCGAAUUUGAGGCACACACAAAGGGUAUUGGUUGUCUGAUAAUGUUGGGUGAGGGUACUCUGCUAUCGGGCGGCGAGAAGGAUCGUAAGAUUGCUGCCUGGGAUUCAUUGCAAAAUUAUAAGAAAAUUGCCGAUACCAAGCUUCCUGAAUCUGCUGGCGGUGUACGCACAAUUUAUCCCCAACGUCCGGGACGCAAUGAUGGCAACAUCUAUGUGGGUACCACACGCAACAAUAUUUUGGAAGGUUCCUUGCAACGACGUUUUACCCAAGUUGUUUUUGGUCAUGGCCGCCAAUUAUGGGGCUUGGCCGCCCAUCCCGAGGAUGAUCUGUUCGCCACGGCAGGUCAUGACAAACACAUUGCUUUGUGGCGUAAAAGUAAACUUAUUUGGACCAUACAAACGGGCUAUGAAUGUGUUUCGUUGGCAUUCCAUCCGUUUGGUACUGCCCUGGCUGCUGGCAGCACUGAGGGUCAUCUAUUGGUUAUUAAUUGUGAAAAUGGAGCGGUUAUGUUGACACUAAGGGUGUGUGGUUCACCCAUAAAUUGUGUGGCAUUUAAUCAAGUGGGCGAUAUGAUUGCAAUGGGUUCUCAGAAUGGCAGCAUUUAUUUAUUCCGCGUCUCCCGAGAUGGUUUCUCCUACAAGAAAGUGAAUAAAAUCCGUGGCUCUCAACCGCUGACCCAUUUGGAUUGGAGUAUGGAUGGUAAUUUUGUGCAAACGGUGACAAUUGAUUUUGAUUUGCUGUUCUGGGAUGUGAAAUCGCUGAGUCCCGAACGUAGCCCCAUUGCCAUGAAAGAUGUCAAAUGGUUGACAAGCAAUUGCACGGUUGGAUUUUUGGUGGCGGGAAUGUGGAGUAAUCGCUACUAUAGUAAUAAUAAUACAAUUAUAUCUACCUGUACACGAUCCACGGCCCAGGAUAUGUUGGCCUCCGGUGAUGCAGAUGGUUAUAUACGUUUGUUUAGAUAUCCCUGCAUAAGCCCCAGGGCCGAAUUUCACGAAGCCAAAGUAUACUCAGGCAUGGUGGCCUGUGUACGCUUCCUAUUUGGCGAUCAAACUUUGGUUACUGUCGGCGGCACUGAUGCCUCGUUGAUGGUUUGGGAUUUGGUAGAGGAAUAGCUGAAAUGGCCACCGUGGCGUACAACUGCACAGUAUGAGGCCCGCUACUCGGAUUACUGGCGUCGUCGAACCUCCAAACAAUCCUCCACCGUGUUGGAUAGCGAUUCUUUGGAAUACCAGUAAUGGG